GCUCUGUGGCGCGUCAGUAUACUACGAGUUGAGAGGAAGGUCACAGUGUUUUAUCGUGUAAACAAAUAUUUUCCUUAAUAACAACUCUGGAACUACUUACGUUACCACCAUGAAAGAUAAUCAAAAUCUAAUGAUUGAGUUUGUAAAAAUAAUCCAACGAUAUCCAGAAAUCUACGACGCAAGUCUGGACACAUACAGAACUAGAUUUUCAGAGAUUGCUUGGACUAAAGUGGCGAAUCAUGUCAGAACUGAAUUAAAUGAAGAAUGCACAAUUGAAGAAUUGAAGGUGAAAUGGAAAGGAAUAAGGUCUUCAUUCAGUAGAUACAAAGCGAAACUUGCAUUGAGCUACAAUGAGAGCACCUACAAAAAAUAUUACCUGUACGAUCACUUAAGAUUUUUGGAACCCUUUGUAAGGUCUACUAAAGGGCAACAACAAGAAGAUCCAGAUAAAUCAGAAACAACACACAACGAUCCCUGUAACUACGUUACGGAUAAUGGCGUUGACGACACAAAUGAUUAUCAUGAAGAAGAAUGGAAUCAGAUUGACAUCAAACCUGAUGUGAGCACCAGAGAAGACAAACAGCAUGAAACAGACACAGUGCAGUCUUCAAGAUCAGGUGGUGAAUCUUAUGAUAGAAAUAAGAAGAGGAAGUUCUCAUUUGAAGGUCUUUCAAGUACAGAUGAUGAUAAUGAAGAUCUCAUAUUCUUCAAAAGUAUACUGCCCGACAUAAGGAACUUUACGAUCAGAGAGAAGAGAAAAUUAAAGAUGGGAAUACUACAACUGAUUGAUGACAUUGAAAAAGAAAAGGAGAGUACAUGAAAGUUUAUGUUGUUUUUCAAAGACAUUUGGAUGUUAAGAAUUAGGUUAAGUUAGAUAGCUUUGAUGUAACAAUUAAAGGACUGAA